AUGCGAGCGUUGAACUUUCCGAGACUACGAAAUUCACUGGAGGCAGAAGCUGUAAAAUGGGCUGUCAAGCAAAACGAAGAUCUGCCUGCAAUACUUCUAUGGUUCAUCUGCUCGCAUGACUGUGCUAUGCCGAAUUUGCAUAUGGUCUGCUUGGCCUACAUUUCCAGCACUCAUGCAAUACAGUACAUGCGUGACUACACCGAUGGUUCAAUGAUAAUAUCUGUGGCCAAAGCCGAUCCAGAAAUGGCCGAGAAACUGAACAAACGUCAGGGUAUUCUGCGACCAACACCACAUCAACGAAUAAUGACAAGCAUACGAUGUGGUGGAAAGGUGCGAACCGUGGCGCGAGUUGAAGUUCCUUCGUAG